AUGAAGACCUUACUCAUCCUGACGAUCCUUGCGAUGGCAAUAACCAUCAGCACCGCCAAUAUGCAGGUCGACCCUAGUGGCCAAGUACAAUGGCCACAACAACAACUAGUCCCCCAACCCCAACAGCCAUUAUCCCAGCAACCGCAACAAGCAUUUCCCCAACCCCAACAAACAUUUCCCCAUCAACCACAACAACAAGUUCCCCAGCCUCAGCAACCACAACAACCAUUUCUCCAGCCCCAACAAGCAUUCCCCCAACAACCACAACAACCAUUCCCUCAGACUCAACAACCACAACAACCAUUUCCCCAGCAACCACAACAACCAUUCCCCCAGACUCAACAACCACAACAACCAUUUCCCCAGCAACCACAACAACCAUUCCCCCAGACUCAACAACCACAACAACCAUUUCCCCAGUUCCAGCAACCACACCAACCUUUUCCCCAGCCCCAACAACAAUUCCCGCAGCCCCAACAACCGCAACAAUCAUUCCUCCAGCAACAACGACCAUUCAUUCAGCCAUCUCUACAACAACGUUUGAACCCAUGCAAGAAUAUCCUCUUGCAACAAUGCAAACCUGCGUCAUUGGUGUCAUCCCUCUGGUCGAUAAUCUGGCCACAAAGCGAUUGCCAAGUGAUGCAGCAACAAUGCUGCCAAGAACUAGCACAGAUUCCUCAGCAGCUCCAGUGCGCAGCCAUCCAUAGCGUCGUGCAUUCCAUCAUCAUGCAGCAGCAACAACAACAACAACAACAACAACAACAACAACAAGGCAUGCAUAUCCUGCUGACACUAUCUCAACAACAACAGUUGGGUCAAGGUACUCUCGUCCAAGGCCAGGGCAUCAUCCAACCUCAACAACUAGCUCAAUUGGAGGCGAUCAGGUCAUUGGUGUUGCAAACUCUUCCAACCAUGUGCAACGUGUAUGUCCCACCUUACUGCUCCACCAUCAGGGCACCAUUUGCUAGCAUAGUCGCCAGCAUUGGUGGCCAAUGA